GACCCGCUCAGCAAAAGCAAGUGACACUGUGACAGAGUCUCUCUCCCCCACUAUUAUCUCUUCUUCCGAACCCCAUUCGUUUACACACUCACUCAUUCCCUGUCCGAGAUCCGAUCUCUCACUCUGCAACAACCACUAGCAGACCGCCGCUCCGGCGCGGGCUGGUGGUGCUGCUUCCACGCCCGGCGCUGUCUGCCCUGCCCUCUACGCCACGCUUGCGACGGCCGCCGCCACCAGAGAUAAAGACAUCCGAUGAACAAGCUGACGGAGCCCGGAGGUAGCAAUCCUAUUGCAGCUCCCAGUUGAUUAUCAACCAAAACAUCAUAGAGCUCUUUCGAUUCGGCAAGGCAAGAAGUAUGGAGGUCGUGACCGGGGCGAUGAGCACCCUUCUGCCCAUGCUCGCCGACCUGCUCAAGGAGGAGUACAACCUGCAGAAGAGCACCAGGGGUGAGAUCAAGUUCCUCAAAGCAGAGCUGGAGAGCAUGGAGGCUGCCCUCAUCAAGAUCUCAGAGGCACCCUUGGAUCAGCCGCCUGACAUCCAGGUCAAGCUCUGGGCGAGGGACGUCAGGGACCUGUCCUAUGAGAUCGAAGAUGGCAUCGACAAAUUCCGGGUGCACCUUGAGUGCCGGCAACAAAAGAAGCCACACAGCUUUAUGGGUUUCAUCCACAGAAGCAUGGACAUGCUGACAAAGGGCAAGAUCCGACACAAAAUAGCCAUGAACAUCAAAGACAUCAAGAGCCGCAUCAAGGAGGUCAGUGAGAGGCGUGAAAGAUACAAGGUUGACAGCGUUGUGUCCAAGCCUACAGGCACAAGUACUGAUACCCUUCGCCAAUUAGCCUUGUUCAAAAAGGCGACAGAGCUUAUUGGCACCAAAGAGAAGAGCCUUGACAUAGUUAGGAUGCUGACGGAGGGAGAAGAGGUGUUUAAGAAACAGCUGAAGAUGAUCUCUAUUGUUGGCUUUGGAGGCUUAGGGAAGACGACUAUUGCUAACGUGGUGUAUGAGAAGCUUCGUGGGGACUUCGAUUGUCGGGCUUUUGUUUCCGUCUCUCUUAAUCCUGACAUGAAGAAGCUUUUCAAGAGUUUACUCCAUCAACUUGGCAAGGGAAAGUACAAUAACAUCAUGGACGAGUCAGCGUGGAGCGAAACACAACUCAUAAAUGAGAUAAGAGAAUUCCUCCGAAACAAGAGGUACUUCAUUGUCGUUGAUGACUUAUGGAAUAAAUCUGUGUGGAGAAGUAUUAGAUGUGCUCUGAUUGAGAAUGAAUGUGAUAGCAGAGUAAUCACAACAACUCGCAUUAUGGAUGUUGCUAAAGAAGUUGGUGGUGUUUAUCAGCUUAAACCUCUUUCUAGCAGUGACUCAAGACUAUUAUUCUAUCAAAUAAUAUUUGGAAUUGGCGACAAGCGUCCUCCUAUUCAGUUGGCUGAAGUAAGUGAGAACAUUUUAAGGAAAUGUGGCGGAGUACCAUUAGCUAUCAUUACACUGGCUAGUAUGUUGGCUAGUAAAAAGGAACAUGAAAAUACAUAUACGUAUUGGUACAAGGUGUACCAAUCUAUGGGUUGUGGGCUAGAAAAUAAUCCUGACCUUAUGGAGAUGAGGAGGAUACUAUAUGUCAGUUACUAUGACCUACCUCCAAAUCUGAAGACUUGUUUUCUGUAUCUAAGUUUGUAUCCAGAGGAUUAUAAUAUUGAAACCAAACAGUUGAUAUGGAAAUGGAUAGGCGAAGGAUUCAUUCAUGAGGAGCAAGGGAAGAGCUUGUAUGAAGUAGGAGAGGAUUACAUUGCUGAGCUCAUUAACAAAAGCUUGGUCCAACCAAGGCAUAUCAAUAUUGCUAAUAAGGCGAGCUCUGUCCGUGUACACGACAUGGUGCUUGACCUUAUCACUUCGUUGUCAAAUGAGGAGAACUUUCUCGCAACAUUGGGUGGUCCGCAGACCAGGUCAGUGCCAAGUAAGAUCCGUCGACUGUCUCUCCAAACCAGUAAUGAAGAGGAUGUCCAGCCAAUGCCAACCAUGAGCAGCUUGUCCCAUGUGAGGUCACUUACUGUGUUCAACAAAAACCUCAGUUUGCUGUCGGCACUUUCAUGUUUUCUUGUCCUGCGUGCAUUGGAUUUAAGUGGUUGUACUGAAGUGGGUAAUCAUCAUUUGAAGGAUAUUUGCAAUUUGUUUCAUCUGAGGUAUCUGAGUCUAAAAGGGACAUCUAUCACUGAGAUCCCGAAAGAGAUGAACAAUCUACAACUUCUGCAACUGCUAGACAUAAGGUCCACCAAAAUGAAAAAAAUUCCAUCAAGCUUUGUUCAGCUAAGACAACUGGUUUUCGUUGACAUGGGUAAUAGGAUGGUCUCAACAUUGCUUCUAAAAGCAAUGUCCACCUUGCCCUCCCUCUCUUCCCUUGCAAUUGGAUUAACUAAACUGAUAGAGGAAGACCUCCAGAUACUUGGGAGCAUACCGUCUCUGAGUGACCUCUCUAUACGUAUAGUGUAUUGGGGAAAAGUAAGAGAGAAAAGGAUAGUCAUUGACAAGGGUUGUCCCUUCCGGUCUCUGACAAGUUUCAGUAUCAAGAGUAGCGGCUUCAUUGAUUUCAUGUUUGCACAAGGAACCUUGCAAAAGCUCCAAAUCCUGGAGUUAGAAUUUUAUGUUGAGGGAAUAAAAGACCAAUUUGGUGAUUUGAAGUUUGGGCUGGAGAACCUCUCUUCACUUGAGCAUGUCUAUGUGCUUGAUUGUGGUGGUGGUACUAAGGGUGAGCUGAUCGGUGCAAUUGAGAAAGAGCUUGAUAUUAAUCCCAACGAGCCCACACUGACGGCGAAGCCGCCCCCACCACAGCCGCCGUCUGCUAGCACAAAGGUGAGCGGCAGGGACAUGCACCGUCGCGUGGGCCCCACCUUGACGUCCAGACCGCCCAAGUGCAGCCGUUGCCCAUCCUUUGCGCGGCCAACAUCCGUUGUACGCCACAAAACAUUUGUUACACCCUCCGUUUCAUAAUUUGUCCUGGUUUUAAUUCAAAUUUUGAACUAAAACCACGACAACAAUUAUGGAACAGAGGGAAUAAUAUAAUGCUCUAUUAUAAUUUAUGUAAGUUGUGUUGUUGAACUUUCGUAUAGCAUACGGCCUCCACCCAAAAAUAAGUGUCGCUGAUUUUGUACAAAGUUAUUACAAAUGUUUUUGGUCAUUUUACCAAUUUAUUAAUCAACUAGGUCAGUGCCCGUGCGUUGCAACGGGAAAAUGUUAUGUAUGCAUGGGGGUAUAUUCAGAUCAUGCUAUUAACAAUUAAAUCAAUCAAAAACUUCAUUAGGCUUAAUCCUCCUUUUGUUUGACAUCACACUUGAGCAAUGCAUGUAUUUUCUUAAAUUAAAAAUUGAGGUGGGACGAACUCGAGCAAAUAAUGAUGCAAAAUCCAAAGUGGUCCAUAACUCUAUAGCAUAUACACACUAAUAAAUUAUAUGAUAUGCAAUCCAUGUCUUUGAUCUAUUAAAAUUCACAAGAAUAUUUUUGGAAAAUCCACAACGCGAACACAAUAAUUCAGAAACAAAAAUGUACCUUUGCAAGUUGGUUAGCAGGUUGACUGCUCGCCGGUUGUUUCUACUUUCUUUAGCUAGCUGGUUUGACUGCUAGCCCAAUUGCUUGCAACGCGCCGCCGCUUGUGCCACACUCCGGGGUGUGUGCGUUGGGAGAGCAGGCUGCUCUGGGCAUCACGUUUAGCAGUUGAUCCCGCUGUAUCGCCGUCCAAACGCGCCAUGCAGUCCGCCGCCGGCUGUACUGGCUAGGAUUGCAGCUGUCCAGUCCGCCGCUAGAUGCUUGGUGCUGCUGAACCGAGCGAGACCUCGUGCCACAAACGGAAACGAGUCGUGCCGCACUAUUCGCAUCACAAGGCGCAGCUCAAUCCCUCCUUAUUCCCAAUGACAAACGGAAACGGAACGCACACAACUCGGCGGCGAUGCGACCAACACGGGCGAAUCAAAUCUAUCUACGUCCACGGCUACAGGGUGGACAAACGCCAUGCACGCAUCAAACUGGUCCUUCGGCGAGCCGGCCAGCAGAUCACAGCUGCAGGGUCGCCUCGCUAAUCGCCUCGCACAUGGACCGCGCCGCUACCGCCAAGCACGGCGGACGCUCGCCUCGCUGUUCUCGGCACCUUCGACGAGCGGUGCAAAAAAGGACGGGACGGGAGGCAACCCCUCCUCUAGAUCAGAUCGAGCGGGGGUGGGGCGGUACAUCAGGCGUGGUAGGUUUUACAAUGAAGAAAAAAAAGGAAACUAAACAGGAUUUACGAGAGCGAUUAAUUAAGCGAAGGAAAAAACGGGGCAGGGUGGUCGACCAAACAACUGACGUAAGAGGGGAGAAGGAACCUUACGUUUCUUUUAGGUAGUAGAGAUAUGGAGCGAGGGAAAACGAGAAUUCUGCAUAAUUGAAUAUAGUAAAAUCUGAAAAUAUAGACACACUAAAAACACUAGACAUGUUUCUU